AUGUAUACUCCUACAGCCCCGAAUACUCCCACAGCCCCUUAUACCUACAGCCCCGAAUACUCCCACAGCCCCUUAUACCUACAGCCCCGAAUACUCCCACAGCCCCUUAUACCUACAGCCCCGAAUACUCCCACAGCCCCUUAUACCUACAGCCCCGAAUACUCCCACAGCCCCUUAUACCUACAGCCCCGAAUACUCCCACAGCCCCUUAUACCUACAGCCCCGAAUACUCCCACAGCCCCUUAUACCUACAGCCCCGAAUACUCCCACAGCCCCUUAUACCUACAGCCCCGAAUACUCCCACAGCCCCUUAUACCUACAGCCCCGAAUACUCCCACAGCCCCUUAUACCUACAGCCCCGAAUACUCCCACAGCCCCUUAUACCUACAGCCCCGAAUACUCCCACAGCCCCUUGGACCUACAGCCCCGAAUAUUCCCACAGCCCCUUAUACCUACAGCCCCGAAUACUCCCACAGCCCCUUAUACCUACAGCCCCGAAUACUCCCACAGCCCCUUAUACCGACAGCCCCGAAUACUCCCACAGCCCCUUAUACCUACAGCCCCGAAUACUCCUACAACCCCUUGGACCUACAGCCCCGAAUAUUCCCACAGCCCCUUGGACCUACAGCCCCGAAUACUCCCACAGCCCCUUAUACCUACAGCCCCGAAUACUCCCACAGCCCCUUAUACCUACAGCCCCGAAUACUCCCACAGCCCCUUAUACCUACAGCCCCGAAUACUCCCACAGCCCCUUAUACCUACAGCCCCGAAUACUCCCACAGCCCCUUAUACCUACAGCCCCGAAUACUCCCACAGCCCCUUAUACCUACAGCCCCGAAUACUCCCACAGCCCCUUAUACCUACAGCCCCGAAUACUCCCACAGCCCCUUAUACCUACAGCCCCUUAUACCUACAGCCCCGAAUACUCCUACAGCCCCUUAUACCUACAGCCCCGAAUACUCCUACAGCCCCUUAUACCUACAGCCCCGAAUACUCCCACAGUCCCUUAUACCUACAGCCCCUUAUACCUACAGCCCCGAAUACUCCUACAGCCCCUUAUACCUACAGCCCCGAAUACUCCCACAGCCCCUUAUACCUACAGCCCCGAAUAAUCCCACAGCCCCAAAUGGACCUACAGCCCCGAAUACUCCCACAGCCCCUUAUACCUACAGCCCCGAAUACUCCCACAGCCCCUUAUACCUACAGCCCCGAAUACUCCCACAGCCCCUUAUACCUACAGCCCCGAAUACUCCCACAGCCCCAAAUGGACCUACAGCCCCGAAUACUCCCACAGCCCCUUAUACCUACAGCCCCGAAUACUCCCACAGCCCCUUAUACCUACAGCCCCGAAUACUCCUACAGCCCCUUAUACCUACAGCCCCGAAUACUCCUACAGCCCCUUAUACCUACAGCCCCGAAUACUCCCACAGCCCCAAAUGGACCUACAGCCCCGAAUACUCCCACAGCCCCUUAUACCUACAGCCCCGAAUACUCCCACAGCCCCUUAUACCUACAGCCCCGAAUACUCCUACAGCCCCUUAUACCUACAGCCCCGAAUACUCCUACAGCCCCUUAUACCUACAGCCCCGAAUACUCCCACAGCCCCUUAUACCUACAGCCCCGAAUACUCCCACAGCCCCUUAUACCUACAGCCCCGAAUACUCCCACAGCCCCUUAUACCUACAGCCCCGAAUACUCCCACAGCCCCUCAUACCUACAGCCCCGAAUAUUCCCACAGCCCCUUAUACCUACAGCCCCGAAUACUCCCACAGCCCCUUAUACCUACAGCCCCGAAUACUCCCACAGCCCCUUAUACCUACAGCCCCGAAUACUCCCACAGCCCCUUAUACCUACAGCCCCGAAUACUCCCACAGCCCCAAAUGGACCUACAGCCCCGAAUACUCCCACAGCCCCUUAUACCUACAGCCCCGAAUACUCCCACAGCCCCUUAUACCUACAGCCCCGAAUACUCCUACAGCCCCUUAUACCUACAGCCCCGAAUACUCCUACAGCCCCUUAUACCUACAGCCCCGAAUACUCCCACAGCCCCAAAUGGACCUACAGCCCCGAAUACUCCCACAGCCCCUUAUACCUACAGCCCCGAAUACUCCUACAGCCCCUUAUACCUACAGCCCCGAAUACUCCCACAGCCCCUUAUACCUACAGCCCCGAAUACUCCCACAGCCCCUUAUACCUACAGCCCCGAAUACUCCCACAGCCCCUUAUACCUACAGCCCCGAAUACUCCUACAGCCCCUUAUACCUACAGCCCCGAAUACUCCCACAGCCCCUUAUACCUACAGCCCCGAAUACUCCUACAGCCCCUUAUACCUACAGCCCCGAAUACUCCUACAGCCCCUAA